UGUGUGUGUGUAUUGUGCGUUGUGCUAUGAUAAUUUAGUAGUGGUUCAUUUCGAUGUUCAUAGUAUUGAGCAGGUAUCCAUUCAUGCAUUGGAUGCUACACGAAUUCGUUUGAAUUGUUUUCAUGGGUUUUGACUACUGUCCAAUACAACACUUGCAGGUAAAUUCCGUUGCAUUCCAAUCGUUCUAGUAUAUGGUAUAUUUGUUUCCACUACCAACAAAAAACGAGGGAUUGUUGUGAUUGUAAAAAAUGUUCACAAUGUUUACCACAAUCCCGGUAUUGAUCAUCUUGGCUUGGUUUGAUUCAUUUUCACUAAUCAAUGCACAACGUAAUCCAACGAUAUCAUUCAUUAGUAAAGAUAAAGUGGUCAAUAUUGGUGAUAAUCUCGAAUUGAAAUGUCAGGCACAAGAUGCUGAAAGUUAUCCGGUUGCCUGGACAAAGCUAAGUCCAUCGGCUGAUCAAGAACAAGUAUUCAUAUCGAAAGGACAAUCGAUAAUAAUACCAAGUAAUCGUCAUCAAAUCCUGUAUGAUGAUCGGGAUUCAACAUAUACAUUAUUAAUUGAAAAAAUUCAAGAAAUUGAUGUCGGUAUUUAUCGUUGUGAAAUAACAACAGCAGUGAAUACGAAAAUAUGGGCCGAUGUACCGGUUAUUGUACGUAUACCACCGGUUAUAGCAGAUAAUUCCACCCGGUCGGUUAUAACGGCUGUUGGUGAACGUGUUACAUUAAAAUGUUAUGCAUCCGGUUACCCAACACCAAUGAUUAGUUGGCGACGGGAAAAAAAUCGUCUUCUACCGAAUCAGAUGGCUUUCUACAAGGGCAAUAAUCUUACCAUUGAUCAUGUGACUAAAGAUGAUCGUGGAACAUAUUAUUGUGUUGCAGAUAACGGUGUUGGACAAGGGGCACGUCGUAAUAUUGGUGUCGAAGUAGAAUUUCCACCGUUCGUACGAGCUGGACGAUCAUUAGUGAAACAAGCUUUACAAUAUGAUGCCGAUCUACAUUGUCACAUUGAAGCAUUUCCAUCGCCAUCGAUUCAAUGGUAUAAAGAUGGUCAAGUCAUUAAUGAUAAUCAACAUUAUCAGAUCAAUACUUUUGUACGUACCGAUGAAUUCAUCGAUACAACAUUACGUGUACGAAGGAUUGAAAAACGUCUAUUCGGUAUUUAUGUAUGUCAGGCGAAUAAUAAAUUGGGUACAAAUCAAACGAUGAUAGAAUUAUCAGAAUCGGUCAACAUUGUUUGUCCACCGGCUUGUGAUGUUGGUUUCUAUAUAAGUGGCGCCGCCUCAUAUCAUCAUCAAUUUUUAUCAUCAUCGAUCAUUAUCUUUAUUAGUGUGUCCAUUGUUUGGAGAUAAAGCAAGGAAAUUUUCGAUUCCUAAUCCAUGUGCAAUGUGUUGAAUGAGAAUGCCAAAAAAAAAAAAAAAAAAAAAAUCUAAAAACACAGAACUGCCCUGAUGAUUGAAAAUUUUUAAAUGGUUGACUUU